UUAUUUUUCUCUCUCUUUCUUUAUAUAAAUAUAAUUCACAAAUCUAUAUUUUUGUCUAUCUUAAACCCUUAUUUCUAUCUUAUUUUAUUCUUUAAGCCAAAUCUUGACUAAAUUUCAUCCAAAAAAUUUUAGGUGCAUUUUCAUUAAAACAUAGAUCUCGGAGGAUUACUAGGCAAGUAGGGGCGUUUUUUGUUCGCUUACAGAAAAUAACACGACUUAACCUUUAGCUCAAAUUUAUCUUCAGUUUAAUCGGCUUCUUUUGAUCAAAUAUUUCGGUGGAUGUAAUUUACGGAAUUGAUUGAUUCUGGGUUGUUUUGGAUUUGAGAAAUCAUAUUGCGUUGAUUCAUUAGCUUGCUAAAUGGUCCGAGGUUGAAGUUUAGGUUUUAUCUGGAGAUGAGUUAGUUAUUUGGAUUUAAAAUAAUGGCUGGAAGUACGAAGUUUGAAUUGAGUUCUGUGAGUCCAGACGACUCUGGCUUCUCAGGGAACUAUAUUAAUGGACAACGGAGUAACUAUGCAAGUCCUAGUUUGGAUAGGUCUGGAAGCUUUCGUGAGGGAAGUGAGGCUAGGAGUUUCAGCUCUGGACCUGGCACAUCAAAGAUGAAUGUUGCGCAUGCUACUGAUCUUCCACCAUUGUCGCAGUGUUUGAAUCUUGAGCCCAUUAAUAUGGUAGAUCUGAAAAAUAAGCGACCAGUUGAAUUGAGGAGGGCAUUAGAUUCUUCCUUCGGCAAUGUCUCUGAAGAUAAUUCGUUUGGAGCCCUUCAUUCGAAGCCUCCUUCGACUUUGGCUAUAGAAGAAAUAAAACGGCUUAAAGAAGUUGUUUGUGAUGGUUCUGUAAAGGCCAGGAAUAGAAUAAAAAGAUGGGAUGAUUCAUUAAAUAAACUGGGCAAAUAUGUUGAAGCCUUGAGCUCAAGGAAGCAUCUAACAAAUGAAAGAUCCAGUGGUUCAAACUUGCCAAAGAUGGGAACUCAGUCCCAUCGAAACUCAUCAGACCUUGCAACUCAAAAGUUAGAGGAAAGAAAUAAGAAUCUUGUUCCCAAUAAGCGUGCUCGUACACCCAUGGGAGACUUGCGGGCGGAGGGACGGAGCAAUGGAGUUCCUAGGCAAGCCCUGGUAAAGGAUAAAGAUGGAGCUAGAGAGGGUGGUUCUGACCUUGGUGAAGAAAAAAUUCGUAGACUGCCUGCUGUUGGGGAGGGAUGGGACAGAAAAAUGAAAAGGAAACGUUCUGUAAGUAGUGUUUUUCCUAGGUCAGUUGAUGGUGAUGGAGAAAUUAAGAGGACCAUGCAUGGUAGACUAAGCAAUGACUCUGGAAUUCACUCUUCAGAUGCUCAUGGCUUCAGGUUAAAUAUGCGUGAAGAUCCUCAUGUGCUUAGCUCUGGUUCUGUUACGAAGGGCAAAGCUUCAAGGGCUCACAGAAUUGGUUCUGCAUCUGUAGGAAACUCAUCUCCUUGCUUCUCACGGAUGUCUUCCACAAUAGAAGACUGGGAGCAACCUUUAGUUGGGAACAAAGUUCAUUCCUUGGCAGGAGGUAACAAUCGUAAACGCCCCCUACCCACUGAUUCUUCAUCUCCUCCAAUGGCUCAAUGGGUGGGGCAGAGGCCUCAUAAAAUUUCCCGUAAUCGGAGAACAAACAUUGUAUCUCCUACUUCAAAUCAUGAUGAUGCACAACUAUCUUCUGAAGGAUGCACUCCAACUGAUUCUAGCUCCAGAUUACCUGGUUCUAUAAAUGGGGCAAUUCCUCUUAGAAAUAUAAUGAGUAGCUCACAGCAAUUAAAGGCAAAAUUAGACAAUGCAUCCUCUCCAGCAAGAUUAUCUGAAAGUGAGGAGAUUUGUGCUUCCGAUAACAGGCUUAAAGAUAAGGAUCUUGGAGGUUUUGAGUUGGAUGACAAAAGUUUGAAUGGUCAUCAGCAUAUCAGUCCUGGAACGUUCACAAAGAAGAACAAAUUGCUUGUGAAGGAUGAACUUGGUGAUGGUGUACGUAGACAGGGUCGUAGUGGGAGGGGUUCUUCGUUUCUAAAGGGUAGCAUAUCCCCAUUAAGGGAGAAGCUGGAGAAUCCAGUUAUGGUAAAGCCUGUUAGGAAUGCUAGACCUGGAUCUGAGAAGAAUGGAAGUAAGUCUGGCCGUCCUCCUCUUAAAAAGCAUUCGGAUCGAAAGGGUUUUACUCGUCUUGGACCACUUUCAAAUAGUAGUUCUCCAGAUUUCACAGGUGAGUCGGAUGAUGAUCGUGAAGAACUCUUGGCAGCAGCACAGUUUGCUUGCUACUCCAGUUAUAAAGGUUGUUCUUCUUCAUUUUGGAAAAGAAUGGAACCACUUUUUUGUGUUACAGUAGAGGACAAAUCCUUUUUGGAAGAUCAGUUGAAAGCUGUGGAGGAUGAUCAUCUAAAUAAAAGUGAGAUGCCUGGCCUGGGUGAUAACCAUCUGAGUCAAGUUUCUCAAAAUAAACAUUCUCAGAUACCAAGUUUUGUUUCUGGUGAAAAUAAGAUAUGCAUCCUAGACAAUGGAUUGACAGAGUCAGCUAAGACUGGAGACCUUGUCAACCACUUUCUGGAUAAGAAUUAUUCUUGUGACGGAUUAGACUCCAAAAAAGGGCUUAACAGCCUUGCCCCAUUGUACCAGAGAGUCCUCUCUGCUCUCAUUGUUGAAGACGAAUUUGAAGAGAACUCUUUUAUAAGCAAUGGUGAUUUUGUAGCUCAUAGGGACAAUCCAUGUAUGGAAGACAGAAUUUCUUGUAAUGGCAAUGCUAGUCAUAGAAGAUUCUCAACCAUUCAAGUUCCUACGGAUGAGGAAAUCAAGGAAGUUAAUUAUGGCCUUAAAUAUUCUGUUGGUCAAGCUGGACCUGUGAACUACCAUAAUGAUACAAAUGGAUCUCUAGCUAUUUACACGAAUGCUUUCGUGAAUUCUUUUGAGUUUGAGUAUGAUCAGAAAUGUGUGGAUGAAAAGCUGCUGCUUGAACUUCAAAGUGUUGGCUUAUAUCCAGAGACUGUGCCUGAUUUAGCAGAGGGAGAAGACGAUUCGAUUAGUUCAGAGAUAAUCCAACUAAGAAAGCAACUUACCCAGCAGGCCGGAAAAAAGAAGGCAAUCGUGGAAAAUUUACGCAAAGUUGUAGAAGACACCAAGGAGGUUGAAGCUCGGGACCUUGAGCAGAUUGCGAUGAAUAGGCUGAUUGAGUUGGCUUACAAAAAGCUUCUGGCAACACGUGGUAGUAGCGCUGCUAGAAAUGGAAUCAGUAAGAUCCCCAGACACAUGGCUUUGGCCUUUAUUAGAAGAACCUUGGCUAGGUGUCGAAAAUUUAAAGAUACAGGGAAGAGUUGUUUCACCGAGCCUGCUCUUCGAGAUGUACUUCUUGCAAACCCUAGCAGUAACUUAGGAGCUGUAAGUGGUAUUCAAGCUGAACAGAAAAUGCGACUGGACUCCAGAGCUUCAGGAGCAAAUGUUACUGGUCACGAGCAACUCGAUCACCUAAAUUGUAAAUCAGAUAGGAGUCCAUUUGAUGCACACGAAGGUCUAGACCGUGCUUUCGCGAAGAAUGGACCUAUACUAAACAGAGGCAAAAAGAAGGAAGUGCUGCUUGAUGAUGUUGGUAUAAGUGCUGCCAUAAGAUCGACAAGUCUUGGGUCAGCUCUUUUGGGAGCUGCAAAGGGUAAGAGGAGCGAAAGAGAUUCCAGUGCCAAAGCUGGGCGCCCCUCAAUAUCCAAUUUACGUGGUGAAAGAAAAAGGAAAUCAAAACCAAAGCAAAAGGCUGCACAGUUGUCGACACAUCCAGUUCAACCUUCUGCUAACGUUUCAAGCGAGUUGGUUCCUAAUAAUACUAGUAGGAAACGAGAAGGACUGAUUUCUCCGGGAAACAUCCUCGACUCAUCCAAGGAAUGCGACGAUGUAUUGGACUUAAGUUCUUUGCCAUUAAGUGAAUUAGACUCGAUUGGAGAACUAAACGUAGGCAACGGAGAUCUGAGUUCUUGGUUGAAUUUUGACGAAGAUGGUUUGCAAGAUCACGAUUCCGUGGGUCUCGAAAUACCGAUGGAUGACCUCUCAGAUUUAAAUAUGAUUCUAUGAGGAAUGAGUAAUGGGGAUUGAGGAGGAUACAAGUAAACACUGUACAGUUCUAGCUUAUUUUGAUUAUAAUCUUUUAAUUGCCGAAAAGAAGCCAGUCCAGGUCAAGCUGUAUAAAUCAAGCCUCAGGAAAAGCAGCUCUUGUGAAUAAUGCCCAUUCUUUUUAUAUACUUAGGUUUAGUUAGCCCCAAAUUUUUAUGUGAUUUACAUAGUUUCAUCUGUAACUAAUCACAGUUUUCACUAAUAUCAAUCAUUAAUUAAAUCUUUUUCCACUUCCAUGUC